UGAGGACAAGAAGAAGAAGCCGUAUUCCUGUCGGUAGGAAGGAUUGUGUUGUAACACCGCCUGUUCUCGCCGUGAAUGUGUUUGUAUCUUUAUUCAUUAGAAACUGAAUAAUUUUAUACCUAUUAGCUUGUUUUUCAUCGCUUACUUCGCCUAAAUGAGUGACCGUUAGCCGCCGGGGUAUAGCUUUUAGAAAUGGCUGCGGAUGAUAUUGACUAUAAUAUUGUGUUUCCAGAUGCUGGCACAUCAGAGAGGCAUUGGCAGGGGACAAAGGAGCCGGUUGUGAUCCUGCUGGGAUGGGCUGGCUGCAAGGACAAACACCUCUCUAAAUACAGCUCUAUUUACAAUGAUAAGGGGUGCGUUACCAUCCGCUACACAGCUCCCCUGAAGACCGUCUUCAUUUCUGAGACGUUUGGCUACAAGGAGCUGAGCAGCACUGCCCUGAAACUGUUGGAGAUCCUCUACGACUACGAAGUGGAGAACAGCCCCGUCUUCUUCCACAUCUUCAGUAACGGCGGCUUCAUGCUCUACCGAUACAUCGUGGAGCUGCUGCACAGUGACAAACAGUUCAGCUCCCUUCGUGUGGUUGGAGCUGUAGUGGACAGUGCCCCGGGGAGCGGGAACGUCCAAGGCGCCUUGCGUGCUCUCACAGCUACCCUGGGGCCCAAAAUAAGCCCUUUUCUGAAGUACAUCCUCCUGGCGCUUUUUGCAGUGAGCGUUUUCCUCCUGCGAAUCGUUCUGUACCCAGUGACAAAGUUCAUCCACAAAAACCACUAUGACGCAGUGGGAGACAGGCCACCCACCUGGCCUCACCUCCUCCUGUACUCCACAGCGGAUCAGGUGAUCAGACACAGAGACGUUGAGCUGUUUAUGGAGACCGUGACAAAGAAGGGCGUCCCGGUGCACAGCUGUGAUUUUACCUCCAGCGCCCACGUCUGUCAUUUUCGUGAUUUUCCCGAGCAAUACACGAGCAAGUGUCGUGACUUCCUGGUGGCUUGCAUGAAGGAUUUGGAAGGACCUGAAAUAAAAAAAAGACAUCUGGUUCAGAGUCAAUAGAAUGUCUUUUAAAGAAGAAAAGUGAAGAUAAUAGAACUACCAGGCCUUUCUUUUAAUCCUCAGUGGUUUCAAAAUCUAAAGAAUUGUAUCAUUUUCUUCUUCUAACUUCUGCUAAAAUUUAAUUUCAAGUUGCAGUUUACUGAAGAGGAGGGUUCCACCACUGUCCGCUCUAAAUCAGUUUUAACUAUGUUUGAAAUGGGCUGGCAAGACAUUCCCACAGUAGGAUAACCUCAGAAAUAUUUCCCCACAAACUUUUAACAGAAACAUGUAUAACAUGAACUAACUACUGUUACUGCUGCUAAAUAACACAUUGAUCAUUGCAGUCGUAAUAAUCAUCUAUAUCAUUUGCAGAGAAAUUAGAAUAUCUGAAAAAUAGUUCUAGUUAAUGAAUUAAAAAAAUGAAAACUAUAUUUGUCUUCUAGUGUAUGAAUGAAUGGGAUUCGGAUGUUAGUAUAAAGAUUAAAUGGACAACAAAAGGUCAACCAAUAAAUAAAUCCUAAAUAAAUUGAUUAAAAUGGCCGCUUCGGGCAUAGUUGGUAUAGCAGCAGUGCAGUUAGUCCCCACAUGAUCAUCAUAUUUUCUAAGUUAUUUUUACCAGAUGGUUUAAUGAAACCAGGAAGGCCUUGCCGUUCGCAAAGAUUUUCAAAAUAUUUAUGUUUAUGCUUGAAAAAAGAUAAUUAUCCACCUUCCAGCCCGUAUUAAUGUAUUCAGACUUUUUUCUGUAAUUGAGAUGAAUAAACCGACCUAACAAAAACCUAGAAUUCUUAAACAAAUACCUCUACAUUCCUCUCUUCUCUUUAGCCCUGCUAAGGCAUUUUUGGAGGGUUUCUCUGGUUCAAGCAUAGCCCAACUCAGAGGAAGGGACAGUUGUAUCUCAUGUUCUGGAUUUAUCUGAAAGUGGCGGCUUUUAAUCUCGACCGCCUUGGGAUUUCCCCCCAAAAUCCUUGAAUUCUCUGUUUUUCUGCAAGUUUUCCGGCUUCUUGUUUCCUUUUUUCCUUCCACUCAUUUUCUCCCAGGAUGCAGUACGGUUAUGAACAGGCAGCUUUUAUUAUGGUAACCCUCCUUGUGGAUGGUGUUGAUGACUUCCUGCUUAACCACUGUCAACUCAACAGCCAUAAGUACUCUACUAUUUGUUGUAAUUGGUAUUAAGAAAUAAUAAAAAUGUCUUGAGAGAGAGUUGAUUUUGGUUUUAAAAGCAGUAAUCCAUUAUCGUUAAAAGAAUCAGAACUAAAUGCUUGAAGCAUGUUUUUUUUCUAUGUGUAAUGAAACUGUAUAGUGAAUGAGAUUCGUGUUUCAUAUAGAAUUACUGAAAUGAAGUUAUUUGUAUUCUAAUUUAUUGAGAUAAUUUAGUGGUUUUUUUGACACUCCUGUUUUGCCAUGUUGAUUUUCACAAAGACAUAAUGAAUAACUCCCUGAUAACGCUGCUUAAUUAAACAAGCUGAAGAUGGUAGCUAGGCAACUAUUACAGCAGUUCUUCCCUUAUAACUUUUUUUUUUUGAACAGUUAUGCAAAGAGCCAAAAUUAUGUAUUGUAGCCUCCUUUCACCCAGCUGACCAGCAGUGUGCAGCUGCAGUCAUGGGAAGUACACAGAAAACUACUCUCUCCCGUACACUUCAUCUGUGGCAAAAUGUUUUGGUUUUUCCUUUCUGUGCUUUUGAAGUUUUUAAAACCUUGUUAUUUCCUGGAAACGGUUACCAGCCCAUGCUUUCUCAGCAUACGCUGUAGCUCAUAUUCUGUGGACAUAUAUAUGAGAGAAGGGUCUUCCUCUAAUGUGUUUUUAUACCAUGUAAACAUUUGAGAUUAGAAGCCACAACAGUUUAGAUACACUGGAACCUCUAUCCUGGAGUCUUUUUGGCUAAUUUAGUGCUGUGAAAUGUGAUGCAUUGUAAUUAGUGGAAAGUUUUUUUCUGUUUUGUCUAUUUAUGAAAUGUAAUUUAUGAUUUAUUACUAAAACAAGGGUGCUUUUCAAGGUUAAUGUCACAUGUUCAAGUGAUUUCGUCAUUAGAGGAGGUAUUAACACUGCUGCCUUAUGGAAGAAAUUUUGUCCAAAUGUAUUGAAGCCAAGCUAAUGAGUCAAAUAAAUCAAUCUAGUCCAUGACAAACCUUUGUGACGAUGAAUGUACAUGAAGCACAGCUGAUAUGUUUGAUUUUUAAACGGAUGUGCCUUCAAUAAACCAGAAUACCCAAG